AUUAGUGUAAGAGUCACCACAAUGGAUGCGGAACUGGAGUUCGCCAUUCAGCCCACAACAACAGGAAAGCAACUCUUUGACCAGGUGGUUAAAACCAUCGGGCUACGAGAGGUGUGGUACUUUGGACUCCAGUACCAGGAUACCAAGGGUUUAUCCACAUGGCUCAAGCUGAAUAAGAAGGUGACGGCCCAAGACGUGAGGAAGGAAAGCCCGCUGCUCUUUAAGUUCCGCGCCAAGUUCUUCCCCGAGGAUGUGUCCGAGGAGUUAAUCCAGGAUGCCACCCAGCGGCUCUUUUUCCUGCAGGUUAAGGAGGGAAUCCUUAACGACGAUAUCUACUGCCCCCCGGAGACGGCCGUCCUCCUGGCUUCCUACGCCGUGCAGGCCAAGUACGCCGACUACAACAAGGAAGUCCACACGCCGGGCUAUCUGUCCAACGAGCACCUGCUCCCUCAGAGAGUUCUGGACCAGCACAAACUCAGCAAGGACCAGUGGGAGGAGAGGAUUCAAGUAUGGCACGAAGAACACAAGGGAAUGAUGAGAGAGGAAUCCAUGAUGGAGUAUUUAAAGAUCGCCCAAGACCUGGAGAUGUACGGAGUCAACUACUUCAGCAUCAAAAAUAAGAAAGGAACAGAGUUGUGGCUGGGAGUGGAUGCUUUGGGACUUAACAUCUAUGAACAGAAUGACAAGAUGACGCCCAAAAUUGGAUUCCCUUGGAGCGAAAUCAGGAAUAUCUCCUUCAAUGACAAGAAAUUUGUCAUCAAACCCAUUGACAAGAAAGCUCCAGACUUUGUAUUUUAUGCGCCACGGCUGCGCAUCAACAAGCGAAUUCUCUCUCUAUGCAUGGGAAACCACGAGCUGUACAUGCGCCGACGCAAACCCGACACCAUUGAAGUGCAGCAGAUGAAGGCUCAAGCUCGAGAAGAGAAGAACCUCAAAAAGAUGGAACGAGCUCUCCUGGAUAACGAAAAGAGGAAAAGGGAAGCUGCGGAAAAGGAAAAGGAGAAGAUCGAGAAGGAAAAAGAAGAAUUAAUGGAGCGGUUAAAGCAGAUCGAGGAGCAAACCAAAAAGGCCCAGCAAGAGCUGGAGGAGCAAACGCUGAGAGCUAUGGAGUUGGAGCUGGAGAGGAAGCGAGCGCAGGAGGAGGCGGAGCGCCUGGAGGCGGAUCUCAAAGGUGCCGAAGAUGCCAAGAUGGCGCUUUUGCAACAGUCGGAGAACCAGAUGAAGAACCAAGAGCAUCUGGCCACAGAAUUGGCUGAGUUGACCUCAAAGAUUUCCCUUCUGGAGGAUUCCAAGAAGAAGAAAGAAGAUGAGGCAAAUCUGUGGCAAGAGAAGGCCACGUUGGUGCAGCAGGACCUGGAGAAGACCAAAGAAGAGCUCCGAAACAAAGUGAUGGCGGCCCACGUUCAAGAGCCCAUCAACACCGAGAACGAGCACGACGAGAACGACGAAAGCAGCGCGGAAGCCAGCGCCGAGUUCACGUCCGCCGCCGGGUACAAGGACCGCAGCGAGGAGGAGCGCAUGACCGAGGCCGAGAAGAACGAACGUUUGCAGAAACAUCUACUUGCCUUAAGCUCCGAGUUGGCCAACGCCCGAGACGAGAGCAAGAAGACGGUCAACGACAUGAUCCACGCGGAAAACAUGCGGGCGGGCCGAGACAAGUACAAGACCCUCCGACAGAUCCGCUCGGGAAACACCAAGCAGCGUAUCGACGAGUUUGAAUGUAUGUGA